AUGUCCGAAAUCAAAGAGAAGGGUCUUGAGUCGAGUAUCUUGCCCACAGAUGCGACCUCAACAGAUAGUUCAACGUCCCCAAUUUCGCACCAAGAAGCUGAUAUCGAAGCACCAUUAAAGCCAUGGGAGAAACUAGGAUUCAGAGGCUCUGCUCGUCGCUUCUUGCGAACUGUUCAAGGAUAUGUUUGGGAUGAUCCAGAUAAGCCCGCCAUCGAAAAGCGUUUCCUUCUCAAGCUCGACUUCUUCCUCCUCUCCUACGGCUGUCUUGGUUAUUUCUGCAAAAAUCUGGAUCAGGCUAAUCUCAGCAAUGCCUAUGUUUCUGGCCUACAAGAAGCCAUCAAUAUGCAAGGGAGUCAGCUAACAUAUAUGGGAAAUGUCUUUACAGCCGGUUAUGUGAUAAGUCAGCUCCCGGCUGUAAUUCUCGUCACGCAUGUUCGACCAUCAAUCUUGAUUCCUACUCUUGAAGUCUUUUGGUCGGUCUUCACGUUUUGUAGCGCAACUGUUACCACCGUGCCACAGCUGUACGCGUUGAGGUUUCUGAUCGGAUUAUGUGAAGGAGCUUUCUUUCCUUGUAUCAUUUAUGUGAUUGGUUCGUGGUAUACAAAACAAGAGCGUGCAAAGCGCGUGACCUUGUUUUAUUGCACAGCGACAUUGGCCACUAUGUUCAGUGGCUACCUGCAAGCAGCGGCAUAUGACAAUUUGAGCGGGCAUCUUGGCCAUGCUGGAUGGCAAUGGCUGUUCAUCAUAUGCGGUACCAUUAGUCUUCCAGUGGGCGUCAUUGGAUAUUUCUUCAAUCCCGAUUUUCCCGAAACUACUCGAGCCUUCUAUCUCAGUAAGGUUGAAAUAAAAUUAGCUAAAGAUCGACUUGUGCGUGAUGGAUACAACACUCUUGGAUCAUCGGCUUGGGAUAGGAAGAAGAUUCUUCGAAUGAUGGCACAAUGGCAAUUUUGGGUUUUACCUAUUGGCUAUUUCUUCAUUCAAGCCAGUCUUCCAUCUCAGCAGCCAGCAUUUGCUUUGUGGCUGAAAUCAAAAGGGGAUUCUGUCUAUGACAGAGAUGUUCUUCCCACAGCCCAAGCUGGAAUUGGUGUGAUCGUCCAGGUUAUAGCCGCCAUGCUCUCUGAUUCUAACCUCUUGCAUGGAAAACGAUGGCAACCAAUUUUGAUUAUGCAACUCGGUACAUUCUUCAGCGCCGUUGUGCUGGCAAUCUGGACUGUGCCCAUCAAGUUAAAAUUCGUUGCAUUCUAUCUCGCAUAUUUCUCGGCCGGCGUACCCGGUCUUUGGUUUUCCUGGUACCCGGACCUCAUGGCUCAUGAUCAUGAAAUGAGAGGGUUUCUGAUCGCGACGAGUAACAUGUUUGGAUACAUUAUGCAAAUCUGGUACUCAGAUGCGGUGUGGAGAACUGCAGAAGCGCCCGACUUUCGUCCGGGCUGGAUUGCUGCAGCAACCUUUGGAGUUGCAGUUGCUGUGACUGCAUUGUUGACGAGAUUUCUUGAAAGGAGAGAUGAAAGCAAAGGAAUUGGAGCUUUUGGCACUAGACCAAAUGAUUUGGAAAACUCGAGAGUUGCGGGCUCAACGGAAAUGUCUCAAUGA